UUUAAUAAACAUGAAUUGUUAAUUAUUAAAGGACCAUAAGGAGAGAGUCUGGCAAGUAGCUUGGCAUCCAAAUGGAUAGAUAUUGGCUUCUUGCAGUUCAGAUAAAACAAUAAAGCUAUGGCAAUUAAUGAAUGAUCAAUAUAAAUUAAUUGUAAUUAGUCCAUUCAUGUUAGUAAACUCUUGAUGAGUGUCACACAAAAUCAGUCAGAUCAGUGAGUUUCUCUAAAGACGGUCAAUUUCUAGCCUCUGGGGGUUUUGAUACUGUGGUUGGAGUUUGGAUGUAUGAUGGAUCAAAAUACAAAUUGAUUCAAUAACUUGAAGGACAUGAGUCUGAAGUAUUACAGUUCAAUAGGAAUUUAGGUUAAAGGAGUUGCAUGGAGUGCAGAUUCGAAUUAUUUAGCGUCCUGUGGAAGAGAUAAAACAGUCUGGAUUUGGGAUCAUGAAGAUCUUGAAUUCAGCUGCAAUUGUGUUCUCCAAGCACAUGAUGAAGAUGUGAAAUGCAUCAAAUGGAAAGAUACUACUCUCUAUUCUGGCAGUUACGAUAAUAGCGUAAUUCGAUAUACUUAUGGAGAAGAUGAUGAGUGGGAUCAUAAGCAAUUCUAAAUUGAACACCAAUCAACCAUUUGGUCUAUAGAUAUAUUCAAUAAACUAUUGCUUUCUACAAGUGCAGAUUGCACUGCAAAAGUAUUCUCAAUUCAAGAUGGAACUCUGAAACCAAUCCAAACUUUGUAAGGAUUUCACAAGGAACCCAUCUAUUCAGGAUCCUUUUCAUAUGAUGGAUUGUAUUUUGCAUUGGGAAGUGCCGAUAACAAAAUUAGUGUAUUUAAAAAGGAUGCCAUAGAUGAACUUGGAUAUCCUCAUUAUGCUUUAGAUUAGAUCUUCGUAAUUUCUUUGUUUUAUAGAAGGAUGCCUUUGAAUUCGAUGUUAAUUGUGUUGCUUUCAAUCCCAAAAACUACCUUUUGGCUGCCUGUAGUGAUGAUGAGAAUAUUAAAGUGUUCAAUUUAUAAUUGUGAUCAUAAAAUUCAAC